AACAAGUCUCCUCAUAAGCUCCGUCCUUCCCUGGAAUCAAGUCUCCUCAGCCUUCUGAGUCAGCCCGAGAGGGACAAGUACAAAUUCUGGUUUCAUCUUGGAACUCUGUGUUUUUAAUCUAGCAUGUCAAACUUCUGGACUACCACAUCUACUUCCAUCAUUUUCCUCCUAACUGGCGUUCCCGGGCUGGAAGUCUUCCACAUCUGGAUCUCCAUUCCCUUCUGCUUUCUCUACAUAACCGCCCUCUCAGGAAACAGCCUGAUUCUCUUUGCCAUUGUCACCCAGCCCAGCCUCCACAAACCCAUGUAUUAUUUCCUCUCCAUGCUGUCCACCACUGACCUCGGCCUGUCCAUAUCCACCCUGGUCACCAUGAUGGGUAUAUUCUGGUUCGAUGCCAGGGAGAUCAGCUUUAAUGCCUGCUUGUCACAGAUGUUCUUUAUUAAACUCUUCACUGUCAUGGAAUCCUCAGUGCUGUUGGCCAUGGCCUUUGAUCGUUUUGUGGCCAUCUCUAAUCCACUCAGGUAUGCCACCAUUUUAACUGAUUCCAGAAUAGCUCAAAUUGGAGUGGCAAUUGUCAUCAGAGGGACACUAAUGCUGACACCAAUGGUUGCACUUCUUAAAAGACUGUCCUUCUGCCACAACCACGUGUUUCACCACUCCUACUGCUUCCACCCUGAUGUAAUGAAGCUCUCAUGCACAGACACCAGGAUCAACAAUGCAGUUGGAUUGACUGCCAUGAUCUCUACUGUUGGUGUGGACUCAAUCUUCAUCCUCCUCUCUUACAUUUUGAUUAUUAAGACCGUCCUCAGCAUUGCAUCCCCAGAAGAGAGGAAGAAAGCCUUCAGCACAUGUAUCUCCCAUAUUGGAGCUGUUGUUAUUUUCUACUUUCCAUUGAUCAGUCUGUCCUUUGUUCACAGAUUUGGGAAACGAGCCCCAGCCUAUGUUCAUACAAUGAUUGCUAACACUUACCUCCUGAUCCCUCCUGUAAUGAACCCCAUCAUCUACAGUGUGAAGACCAAACAAAUACGCAGAGCUGUGAUAAAAAUGAUCUAUUCCAAAGACACAUAGAAUUCUAGAGAUGGCCUAACACUAUCAAUUUAAAAACAAAGCUGGUGAUCAUGAAACAAAAACUUAGAAUUAAAGCUGGAAUAUAUUUAGAACAUCAGCUAAACCCUUUAUUUUACAGAUGAGGAGACAGAGACAUAAGAAUAGAAGCAAUGAGCAGUAUGAAGUCUUAAGUCUAUCAUUUCUCCCAUCCAUCACUCUUUGUUCUAAACUGUUGUUUAUCCUGCCAACAAACUGAAUUUUCUGACUUUUUCUACUUUAGAGCAGUUAGUAUGACACAUUAUGAGAAAGCCAUAUCUUUAUGAGAGAUAGGCAGUAUUUUUCUAAAUGCAAUAAUAAUUUUUACUAACAUUUAUUAUUUCCUUUGACUAGUCAUGGUUUGCAUUUAUUAACACACAUCUGAAACAACAUUAAAAGGUAGUUAGUUCUUUGAUCAAUGAGAAAAUUGAGGCACAAAAAUAUUAAGUUUCUUGCUUAAACAGCUCAUAAACAACAGAACCGUAUUUCACAUGCAUGCAAACUUACUCCAUGGUCCCCCAACUCUAUUAACUUUAGCUAUGUUGCUACCUAUAAUAUAGACUAUAUAUGAGUAUACAUGUAUAUAAUUUGUAUAGAUACAUAUAUAUGAGUCCAUGUAAUUUGUACUAGGGGACAUAAAGAAGCAAAAGAAACAAAUAAACAAACAAACAAAAAACCUCACAAGUCUAUCCUCUAGAAAUUUUCAACCAAAUUACAGAGAAAAAAUCCAAAACAGAAUUUUCAAACCUGAAAAAUACAAAUAUAUUUCUACUUUAUGUUCUUUCCUAAGUAAACAUAUUCCAGAAUUUUUCUCUGCCUUCCAUCAACUUUCUGCCCCAGCAGAAACUCAAAAAUGACUAAGAAUUGUAAAUGAAUUUCAAUUUGUGUCAUUUACUUGGAAAUGUUUAAUUCCAUUUACUUCACAUAAUGGCUUAAUCCAGCAAGUAGGAAUGGCCAUUAAUUCUCAAAUAUUUAAAGUACAUAUUUCAAUGACGCAUUGGUAUCACUGCAUAAAGAUGGGUUCUACAGGGGGUAUGAGAUCCAGCAACGAAGGAUUAGUAAGUGAUAUCCACAGGAAAUUUAUUAAGUGACAACAGUACUAUUUAAUAACUAGAUGAUGUCAAAAUUUUCAGUAAGCUUUACAAUAACAUUUUCAGUCUCCAUUAGUGUUGGUCUUCAUUUCCAUGAUCUUUGUAUGUUGGAAUGUUCUAGAAUUUUGUACUCAGACCUGUUUAUUCUUUAUUAUAUUCCCAUUUUUAGUUAUCUCAUCUAGAAUCAUGGCUUCAAAUCCCAUCUACAUGCUGGCAAAUCCCAAACUAAUAUUUAUAGUCCCGACUCAUAUCCUAUGUAUCAGUACUCCUACUUGAAUGUUUAAUAAUCAUCUCAGACUCAUCAUGUCCAAAAACAUAUCUUAAUAUUCACAUCAACCAUGUCUCCCUAACUUAAAAACUCUAUUUUUCGUGUGA